AAGAAGAAGAAGAGUGAGAAAGUAGCCUUUUUUCUCAUUCUCCCCCGCCAUUAAAAGGAGGCUUCAACAACUAAAAAGGGAUCUCAAUCUCAAAUCUCACAUAAAAGAAGAAGAAAAAAGAGGAAAGAAAUAAAAAAAAAAGUUGGGUUCAUUUGUGGGUGCAACAGUUAUUAAGGCUCUGCACAGCGCCGCACCACCGAAAGCGACCUCAGCAGGCAACAACAAUAUCAGCAGCUGCUGCGUCGACUCCUCUCUCCUCGAAAAUCUUUUAUAUUCUUCAGAGAGAGAGAGAGAGAAAGAAAAACAUUGCAAUAAUCAUCACAAGACCCCGUAUUUUCCUUUUUUUCUACCCCUGUUUUUAUUUGGGCUGACGUUCCUUCUACCCUUUGUUUCUAGAAGAGAGAGAGAGAGAGAAGGCUCUAGGACGGAGAAUUUUAGAGAGAGAAACUAAAAAAGGUUGGUGGGUUUCGGUUGGGAGAGAGAAUGGAGAGUUGGGUUUGAGAGUUUUGUUGAAUUUGAGGGAAGAAAGAUGAAGUUUAUGAAGCUGGGAUCGAAGCCUGAUGCGUUUCUAACGGAAGGGAAUGACGUUAGAUUUGUGGCAUCUGAUCUUGCAACUGAUGUCAUUAUAUGUGUUGGGGACGUGAAAUUUCAUCUACACAAGUUUCCUCUUUUAUCCAAGAGUUAUCGUCUUCAGAAACUAGUUCACGAGGCUAGUGAAGAUGGCACGGAUGAAGUCUACAUCAGUGAUUUUCCUGGUGGACCAAAAGCCUUUGAGAUAUGCGCUAAGUUCUGCUAUGGCAUGACUGUUACUCUCAAUGCCUAUAAUGUUGUUGCUGCUCGAUGUGCAGCAGAGUACUUAGAAAUGACCGAAGAUGUUGAAAAAGGGAAUUUGAUUUAUAAAAUCGAAGUUUUUCUAAACUCUAGUGUGUUCCGAAGCUGGAAAGAUUCUAUCAUCGUUUUACAAACGACAAAGUCUUUAUUACCCUGGUCUGAGGAGCUGAAGAUUGUUGGGAGAUGCAUAGAUUCAAUUGCCUCUAAAACAUCUGUUGAUCCUUCUCUUGUCAACUGGUCCUAUACGUAUAGCAAAAGAUCAACCAAUCAAAUUGUUGAACUCUAUCCAAAUAAGACCCAUGUGGUUCCAAAGGAUUGGUGGGUUGAGGACAUCUGUGAGUUGGAUGUUGAUCUCUACAAGAGAGUAAUGGUUGCUAUCAAGUCUAAAGGAAGGAUGUCUCCUGAGCUAAUAGGAGAGGCACUAAAGGCUUAUGCAGUUAGAUGGUUGCCGGAUUCAUAUGAUGCUCUAGUUUCUGAUGAUUACAUGAUAAGAAACAAGUCUCUGGUCGAAACCCUCAUUUGGCUAUUACCAAAGGACAAGAGUUCAGGUUGUUCAUGUAGAUUCUUGUUAAAAUUAUUGAAGAUUGUUAUAUUGGUGGAAGCUGGCGAUCUUUUGAAGGAAGAGCUAAUGAAUAGGAUAAGCUCACAGUUGCAUAAAGCUUCGGUAAAGGAUCUACUGAUUCCAACGAGAGCAAAUGGUGACACUCUUUAUGAUAUAGAUUUAGUGAGAAGCCUUGUUACUAGAUUUUUGGUACAAGAGGGCCCUGCUCAUGAUCCUGAUAUUAUUGAAAGCGAGCAACAGAAGGGUGAAUAUAUUUUGGGGCAUGCAUCUUUGCUGAAUUUAGGUAAAUUGAUAGAUGGGUAUCUUGCUGAGAUAGCAAGUGACCCUAAUCUUCCGAUAUCUAGUUUCAUUGGGUUGUCAACGUUGCUUCCUGCAGUGGCACGACCUGUUCAUGAUGGCCUGUACACAGCAAUUGACAUCUAUCUAAAGGAACAUCCAAAUCUGCCGAAAGCUGAAAAAAGGAGUAUUUGCUGUCUGAUGGACGUCAAGAAACUAUCCCCUGAAGCAUCCAUCCACGCAGCUCAAAACGAUCGCCUACCUCUUCGAGUAGUUGUUCAAGUCCUCUUUUUCGAGCAACUGAGGGCGUCAGCAGCAGCAAUUACCAAUGAGAACUCUCAUGGAAGUGCACGAACCACAUCAGCAAACAUAGAAGAGCACUGGGAGAGACCAGCUCCAGAAGAAUACAAGUCUAUAAAGAAACAGCUCAAGACUGUAAAAAUAGAGGAUAACAACAAUACCAAUUCCAAGAACAAAAUUGGCGGUGGGCUUCUAUUGCCUUCGAGAUCGAGGAGGAUAUUUGACAAGCUGUGGUCAGGUAAAGGGCAAGGAGAGAAUAAUAGGAGCUCAGAGACUUCCGGAAGUUCUCAGAGCCCUCCUUCAUCAUCCGCUAAUCCCCUAGAUGCUAGUAAGUCUUCUGGUUCUUCAUCGAGGAAUAAUAGAAGGCAUUCUGUUUCAUGAGAAAGAAUGUGGUGGUUUCUAACUGUACAGAAGGGGAAUUGUAAGGGGUUUGGAUGGUGAUUGAACUUAGUCUGUUGUUCUAAUUGUUCUUUUUUUUUUCUUUG